CCCUUCUGCCACGCCACAACUACGGCUCCGCAUCGUCGUCUCUCCAGCUGUCGCAUCACGGUGCGGGGAGGGGCCGCGGUCUCACUGUUGGCUGACUGGCUGCUACUGUAGUACCGACAGCUUUACGGUAGAGCCCCGGUCCUCACUGAGGAUGAGCUGAGCCACAGCGCUGCUCUUUCAUGGACGCGGUUUUAAAGGAAGCCUAAGAUUGUUUUGUUCCAGUUCGCUCAGUGUAAACAGUCGUUGUUUGUCGCCCUGUGUUUUUAGAUUCAAAAGAAAUGCACUUGGAUAAUUUAUUUCGGACAUCGCGAGAGGAGGAGAGGAGCAUGUGAACGCACCGGCGGCGGCAGCAGCAGCGGCGGACCGUGGUGUUGGUGUUGGUGGCACCACCUGACACUUUCCUCCCUCCUGUUUUCCGUGGACUUAGCACUGGAUUGUCUUCCUCCAUGUGGUGAUUGAACUUCUGCCAUUGUUUGGGAUUUUACUUUCGGCAAAAUGAGCGAGGAGGUGUCAGAGGUCUCCAAAGAGCUGCUAGAGAGUGUGAGGGAUGCAGUGGGGAGGAAGGUGAAGCUGCUGCUGAGGAGGAGAGUCAAACUGGAGAUCAAAGGAGACAAGACGGAGAACCGAGUCUUGGCUCUCACAUCUCACAGGGGCUACCUCUUGACGGCACGCAUUCCCACCAAGGUGGAACAUUCCUUUAAUUAUCUGGAGAUCCAGGGAAUAUCGUGCAACAAACCGACACAGCUGCUGAUAGAGUACGAGCGAGGAUCCUUCUCUCUGAAGCUGCUCUCCUUAGAAGAAGUCAAUGAAGUGGUGGCUCAAAUUGGAAACUGCCUUUUAAGAAUAUGUCCUGGUCUGUCACCCAGUAAAGUGAUGAAGAAACUCUGUAUGGAGCCUCCUGAGAGGCUGACCUCUCUGCAGACUCUGUGGGACAACAACAAGCCAACGGAACCAGGACCAUGUGGUGGAUUUUCUCAGAUGUACAGAUGUGUGUGUGAUUGGUUGGGGCUGCCAUACAGAGACGAGGUGCAGUGGGAUGUAGACACCAUCUAUUUGACCCAGGACACCAGGGAGCUCAACCUGCAGGACUUCAGCCAUCUGGAGAACAGGGAUCUGCUGGCAAUUAUAGCAGUUCUUGAGUUUAACCAGUGGUUUACGAAGCUUUCCACCAAGGACUACAAGCUGUCAACAGAUGUGUGUGACCAGAUCCUCAGGGUGGUGUCUCGAUCCAGUCGACUGGAGGAGUUGGUUUUGGAUAACGCAGGACUUAAAACCGAUUUUGCCCAGAAACUGGCUGCGGCUCUGGCCCAUAAUCCCAACUCAGGACUCACCACCAUUAAUCUGGCCAACAACCCCCUGGAGGACAGAGGUGUAUCCUCUCUGGGGACUCAGUUUGCCAAACUUCAUAUGGGGCUGAAACAUUUAAACUUCUCUAAGACCUCACUGUCACCCAAAGGGGUGAACAGCCUUUGCCAGUCACUGAGUGCCAGCUCGUCCAUCCCCAACAGCCUAGUCCAUCUGGACCUCUCAGGGAACAUCCUCCGAGGAGACGACAUGCAGCAUUUCUACAACUUCCUCAGUCAAUCCAACAUUUUGGCGACCCUUGACCUCUCUAACACUGACUGCUAUUUGGACCAGGUCUGCUCUGCUCUGCUGCGAGGUUCAGUUCAGCAUCUCUCUGUUCUUAACGUGUCAAAGAGCAUCUUCCCUCACAGGAAAAAUAAAGAGGUGCCUCCAUCAUUCAAGCACUUCUUCAGCAGCGCCAUGUCUCUCAGCUCCAUCAACAUGUCAGGAACCAAGCUUCCACCAGAGGCCCUCAAGGCUCUCCUGCUCGGUCUGGCCAGUAAUCCAAACCUGAAGGAGGUGUCUCUGGACCUGAGCUGCUGUGAGAUUGGCCAUUGUCUACGGUCAGGUGGAUCUCAAAUCCUAGAGAGUUGCAUUGCAGAGAUGCCCAACAUCACCAGUCUGGACAUUUCUGACAAUGGACUGGACUCAGAUCUGUCCACCCUGCUGGUGUGGUUGGACACGAAACGCUGUUUCGGACAACUCUCCUUAGGAAAUAAAAACAACAUCAAGUCAAAAAACCUUGCUCCUGUGCUGGACAGCUUGGUUCAUAUUCUUCAGGAGGAGGAAUCGCCCCUCACCUCCCUUUCCCUGGCAGACUCCAGACUGAAGACCGAUCUGAGCAUCGUUCUUAAUGCCCUCGGCAGCAACACCUCACUCACCAAAAUUGACAUCAGCGGGAACGCUAUGGGAGACAUGGGAGCGAAGAUGCUAGCCAAGGCACUGCAGAUUAACUCCAAACUCAGGACUGUGAUCUGGGACAAGAAUAACACCAGCCCUCAGGGCCUCCAGGAUGUAGCAGCAGCUCUGGAGAAGAACUUCACCAUCCGUUUCAUGCCCAUCCCCAUCAUUGAUGCCUCCCAAGCUCUGAAGGCCAGUCCAGAGAAAACAGAGGACGCACUGCUGAAGAUUGAAAAUUAUCUCUACAGAAACCAUGAGACAAGGAAAUACCAACAGGAACAGGCCUAUCGGCUCCAGCAGGGCAUUGUCACCACAACCACACAACAGAUGAUGGACAGGAUUUGUGUAAAGGUGCAGGAUCACCUCAACUCUCUGAAAAACUCUGAAAUAGACGCCAUCCUGGAGGAUGUCAAGUCAGCAGAGAACCUCAUCAAAGAUGCAAGAAACUCUAAAACGCUGCUCCCAAACCUGUACCAUCUGGGAUCAGCUUCCAGAGACGAAGUGAACAACUCCUCCGUGGGACCAAUCCAGGGGAAACUGGAGUCUAUGGCAGGAGAAGUGACCAACGUCGUGGACCAGCAGCUGCAGACUCUGCUGGAGUCCAUGGUGGACACGGCAGAGUCGCUGUGUCCGCAUGUGAUAAAGAGGAGCAGUCUGCGGUCAGAGCUGUUGAAGGCCAGCGCCAACAAGAUUGUCGUGCCCAAGAGCUUUGUCGCCAAAACCCUCCUGGAGCAGUCGGGCGUGGACAUCAUCAACAAGAUCAGUGAGGUGAAGCUGAGUCUGGCAUCCUUUCUGUCCGAUCGCAUCGUUGACGAGAUUCUGGAGGCUCUGUCCACUUCACAACAAACUCUGGCAGACCAUCUGGUACGCCGAGGUCGUCCGUUGGUGCAUCAGGAGUCGGUGGAGCUGGACGUCCCAGAGGAGAAGAUUCCUAAACGGGCAUCAGCAGAAAUAUUAGAGGCAGAGAGGCUCGAGGACCUAGAGACAUGCAUGAUGACUCCAAAAUCAAAGAGGAAAAGCAUCCACAGCAGGAUGCUGAGACCGGUGUCUCGUGCCUUUGAGAUGGAGUUUGAUCUUGACAAAGCCUUGGAGGACGUUCCCGUCCAUGUGGAGGACACUUCAAAUUCAUCACAGACUCCGCCCACUCCGUCUCAGGUGCCGUUCAAACUGGACCAACGUCUUCACGGAGGAACCAUGAUCGAGCUUCCAUCUGAGGAAGAGAAGAAGCUGCAGCACUUCACGAAACUGCGACCGCGCAGGAACAAGAAAACACACUCCAACAAAGUACCUCUGAUCAACAGCGCUCCAUCUCAGGAUGGGGAGCAGAACGGCCUCAUGGGGAGAGUGGAUGAAGGUGUCGACGAGUUCUUCUCCAGAAAAGUCACAAAGAUGGAUUCCAAACGUUCCAUGAAGAGUUCAGAGUCUCAUGAUGGAGAGAAGAAGAAGAGCAAGGGAGGGUUCCUGAACCUCAUCAAACGAUCCUCCAAAUCUGACAAAUCAGAUAAGGCGGAUAAAUCAGAGAAGUCAGAGAAGAAUCACAUGACUCCUCUGUCAUCGAGUAUGUCAUCAGCCUCUGCAGGUGCAGCACCAGCCUUCACCAUCCCUGAAGAGCCCUCCUCACCAAAGUUGGCAGUCAAGAGCCCACCUCUGGAGUCCAAGUCCAGAGAUGCCUCCAGUCGCUCACAGGCCACAGACUACAGCAGCAGCUCUGACCGAUCUGAAGAGUCCAGGACACCGGAUUCCAUAGACGAGCCGUGGGAAGGUUCGGACGGCAGAGGGAGUCCUCAGGGGGGCCGGCGCUACCCAGGAGUUCAGAUGAUGGGCAGUGGUCUCCUGGCAGAGAUGAAGGCCAAGCAUGAGAGGAGAGCACACAAGUCUUCCAGUCCAGACAGACCUGAUGCCACUACAACAGCUAAAUCUCAGUCAACAACUCCAGACAACAGGUCUCCCAGUGGAACCAUGAGUAAAACUGACGCUUCUCAGGAGAAGACCCAACAGCGUGGCAAUAACAAGCCAGAACUGGGUCCUCGUGUCAGAGCUGCUUCUUCCUCCAGUUCUCCAGGUGGACCGGUCAGUCCAAAACCACCAGUCCCACAGGGGACCAAGCCUGCCCUGGCUGCCCGGCCCACCAUCCCACAGAAGCCCAGGACCAACAGCAGCAGCAGGAGCAUUGAUGAGGGCCCAGAUUCUCCCAGCAGUGGCAGUGGGUCUGCUAAAGCUGUUCCCCCCUCCCUGAAGAGGGUGAUGUCAGACAAGGACAAGGAGGGAUGCUCUGCCAACAAAUCCAACAAGGAAGUGACCAGGGCGGCGUCAGACUCUGUUCACAAACCCAGUCCCGUCCGGUCCAUAUCAGAGGAUCAAGGCCCAUUGAAGACCAAGGACCAAUCUCCAAAUCCAGACAAGAACAAAACAGCCAAUAAGAAGUCAUCAGAUUCAAGGGAUGAGGCAGAAAAAGACAUCAUUUUAAUUUAAAUGAAAGAAACAGAAAAAUCUCCCUUAGUGAAUAAUUAAAGUAGUGCUUAUUUCUGUUAGGUUGUAAAACAACUGAACUCUACAAAAUAAUUAAUUAAAAUGGACUGUUUUGAUUUUCAUAAAAACCUGCACAAAUCAGGUAAACAUUUAAUUUAAUGUUUAAAUAAAAUUAAAAACGAAUGUGAGAUCCUUUAAACUAUAUUACCCCUGCGUCCUAGUAAACCAAACCAAAACAUGUUUCCUGUCAGGGAUAAAGAAAACGGGUUUCCUUUUGGGAAAUUGCGACUAAACCUGACUUUAUGUUGACAAUAACGAUCUACAACAAUAACAACAAACGUGUUAAUUUUGCACAUCUUUAGUGCAAGCGUCAGUAACAGAGAGAAGAACAAAAGACUGUGAAUUUAGGGGGGGAAAUAUAUGUAGUGAUUUACUCUGACUACUGUUGAAAACACUUUAAUUUCUGCAAUAGCCUGACCCCUAGGGACCAAACACUAUACCACUACCACUGUACUGUACUGAACUUAGUAAGACACAGAUGCAAAACCAUAUUUUCUCUCAGUAAAUUUUUUGGGAUUUAAAAAAAAACAAAACAAUUAAACCCAUUAUGCAGAUAGUUCCAUAUAUUUUACAGGAAAAUACAGGUUGAGCGCAUAACACUUCACACACAACACAGUCACAGUCAACACGGACUCUUCACUGAAGGACGGUGUCUGACUGUCCAACUGGACCAAAGCGACCACAUGACCUAUUGUUCUUCCAGGGGACUGCGUUAGACUUUUACUUGACUGAUCACUAAUCAAUAAGGCUUCAACACUGUUAGAACACUGUGGAGGAAACAAUAUUUUUACACUCAGCUGCUGAGCACUUUUGUAUGCACUGACCUUUGACAGUUCAGUCAGGCUGACGGUCCACUUAAAGCAAAAAAAAAAGAUAAAAACAACAGACUUGUUAAGAGGUAAAUCAGCUGCAGCUGCUCCACUGAUGUAACGUGGAAGACACUGUUGUGUGUUUUUCCUUUUUCCGUAGCUACUGUGUAAAAACACUGGGUGAAGCUCAGAUCAUUUUUAACCACAUGUUUUUCUACACAACCUGCAGGACUUGAAAUGUUUGCUCACUUUCACACCAAACUUUGCAAUACAAACCCACGGUAUCAUGGUCACGUGACUUCUGCCUCCUUCCUGUGUAAAGUCAUUGUAAAUAUGUUUCCUGUGUGUGUGUAAAGUUAACUGAGCACCAGGCUCUAUUUUCACUUUUGGACAUUGCUGUAACAACGACACAGGUCUCAGGAUGAUUCCUCAUGUUUCUAUUUUAGAAAAGAAAACAUUUAUUACUGCUACACUGAGGAUAUAGUUGACUCCCCUGUCCUGACUGUUGGGCGUCUUGCCUGUUCAUCCUGUCUCCUGUUAGUAUAUGUACACAGUGAUAGUUAUAACUGCUGUCCAGAUUCCGAAUUUCACUACUUUCUGCUUGUUGGUUGUUUAAAAGUGAACAAUUUAACAGUAGAAUAUUCAGCAUUUUUUAUGUCAGUGUUUGUACACAUGGACAAAGUUGACUCCCCCAGUUUGAAUACCUUGGUUCUUGAGUUGAGUGUUUGUUAAUUUAAAUCAACUAACGUCGUCCAUUUCUUUCCAGGCGAGGUGAGUUAGCUUUCCAGAUUAGCAAGUGUCACUUAAAUAUUAAAAAUGCACCUUGUAAAAGAGCUAGUGAACGCUUUGUUUUCACCCAUUAAAAUAAGGAUUAAAAAACAAUGAGAAUGUUUUAUUUUCACAGAAAUCAUUGUACUUUCUGCCAGUAUAUACAUUCUUUUUUUUUUAUAAUCCAGAGCCAAGUUGUAGUAAAAAAACAUCUUGGUGUAGAAUUCAACCGAUGUCUCUUUGGAUCCAAAUGUUUGACCUUAGAGUCAAACAGUUGCUUCCUCUUUUGCGUAAUGUCCAUGAGUUUUUGUUAAAUGAGCUUCUUUACAAAAAAAAUGGCAGGUUUAGGAACAACACUUUCCCAGCUGUAUAUAGUCGAUCAGUACUUGAUGUCAGUGGCUACAG